AGCUCACGCCGGGAGGGGAGAGAAGGGACGCCUUUCCUCUCUCCAUCGUCCCUCCACGUGGUGGCCUGCCUUCAGACAACGCAAAACCAGGGCACUGGUCAGACCCGAUCGAGUCCACUUUUGUCUGCAAUUCCUCCACUGCAUGCCUUCGACUCUCCUCCCCUACCUUCCUCUCUGUUUCGCUUCAAUCGGGCGUUGAUUGCAUUUCCAGAUAGAAGUCUCCGUCGGUUCGCCUGCCGUCUCUUCCUCGUCUUGCGUUCCUUUCUUGCUUCCCACUCUUGCUCCGCGCGCCGCCCGCGGUCUCUCCUUCACGUUUCCGCGGCCCACGGAGGAAUUCUGCGGGAGCUUGGCGGCGAUUGGAGGGUCGGACGGCCUGGUAGCGGCUUUGCGUUUGGAGACUCCGGCGAUCGGCCGGAGGAUUUCCGGUCGGGGCGCUCUGGAGACCGCCGGGGAAGCAGCGCUCGCCGAUGGCGCUGUUUCGGCGGUUAUUUUACAGGAAACCGCCGGAUCGGCUCCUGGAGAUCGCGGAGAGGGUGUACGUCUUUGAUUGCUGCUUCUCCACUGAUGUCUUGGAAGAGAUUGAGUACAAGUCUUACUUGGGCGGCGUUGCAAGACAGUUACAAGAAUAUUACCCCGAUGCGGCCUUCAUGGUUUUUAACUUUAGGGACGGAGGAAAGAGGAGUCAAUUUACAGAUGUUCUGUCAGAGUAUGAUAUGACUGUGAUGGACUACCCUAGGCAUUACGAGGGGUGCCCUUUGCUCUCAUUGGAGAUGGUACAUCACUUUUUGAGGUCAAGCGAGAGUUGGUUGUCUCUUGAAGGCCAACAAAAUAUAUUGCUUAUGCAUUGCGAAAAGGGAGGAUGGCCUGUGUUAGCAUUCAUGCUUGCUGGCCUCCUUAUAUUCAGGAAACAGUACACAGGAGAACAGAAAACACUGGACAUGAUAUACAAACAAUCACCCAAGGAACUUCUCCAAUUACUGACUCCAUUAAAUCCAAUUCCCUCCCAGUUGAGAUACCUCCAGUAUAUCUCAAGAAGAAAUGCUGGCUCUGAGUGGCCUCCACCUGAUAAGCUGUUGACUUUGGAUAGUCUUGUUCUCAGAGUUUUUCCAAUCCUUGGCAAAGGAGUCUGUAGGCCUGUAGUCCGUGUUUAUGGGCAGGAUCCAUCCAGCUCUUCAAAUCGGAACUCUAAGGUUCUUUUUCCAACAUCAAAAAAGAAAAAUCACAGAGCGUACUACAAACAGGAGAACUUUACGCCCAUUAAAGUGGACAUACAUUGCCAAAUUCAAGGGGAUGUGGUCCUUGAAUGCAUCAACCUGGAUGAAAGUAUGGAACAUGAGGAGAUGUUAUUCAGGGUGAUGUUUAACACUGCAUUUAUCCAAUCUAAUAUCUUGGUGCUUGGAAAGGAGGAUAUUGACAUCCUGUGGAACACCAAGGACCAUUAUCCAAGAGACUUCAAAGCAGAGGUUCUCUUUUUGGAUCCUGAUGCUGCUGACCCCCAGAGAUCAAACAAAGAGGUGGCUGUGGAUGGGGAUGAUCGAGAGGGCUUUGCGGCAGAGGAAUUUUAUGAAGUUCCAGAGAUAUUUACUGACACUGAGUUGCUUGAUGCAAGAGGAGAAGAUGGACUCAGAAACUCUCAGCUUAACAACUUGGGUGCUGUCCAUCAUCAACAAGCUGAUGACACGUCAACCAAAAAGAGUUUGGAGAAUUGUGUUGUUCUGGCUGAGAUAGAGAGUAAAGUUUUACAGCCAGAAUCAGGAAUUGUAGUUCCAGAGAUAUUUACUGACGCUGAGGUUCUUUAUGCAAGAGAAGAAGAUGGACGUAGAAACUCUCAGCUUAGCAACUUGAGCGGUGUCCGUCAUCAACAAGGAGAUGACAUGUCAACCAAAAAGAGUUUGGAGAAUUGUGUUGUUCUGGCUGAGAUAGAGAGUAAAGUUUUACAGCCAGAAUCAGGAAUUGUAGUUCCAGAGAUAUUUACUGACGCUGAGGUUCUUUAUGCAAGAGAAGAAGAUGGACUUAGAAACUCUCAGCUUAGCAACUUGAGCGGUGUCCGUCAUCAACAAGGAGAUGACACGUCAACCAAAAAGAGUUUGGAGAAUUGUGUUGUUCAGGCAGAAUCAAAGAGUAAAGUUUUACAGGCAGAAUCAGGAAGUGUAGUUUCAGAUGGCAAACCUGAAAAGCAGCCAUCCACAUUGACUAAUCAGCAGCAGGCCCCAACUGUACAGUCUGAAGCUGGCACAGUGUUGGAGAAGCAAAAUGCCAUUGGAAGAGGUGGUAAAGUUACUCCUGCAAAAUCUGCAAGGCCAAAGACUAUACCAAGAUGGAUUGAACCAAAGUCUGUAGAAAAUUUAGAUUCCUAUGCUCCACAUGUUCGCCCUCCACCUCCCUCAAGGUACAAUAGUGCACCACCUUUCUUUGAGAUUGAUGCUGAUCCACAAACUUGUCCUAGCAGUGAACCAUUUUCAUCAACUGCACCUUUUAGUAGUAAUCCCCCAACUGCUGAACUUGGGCAUGACACAGCUCAUACUACCUCAAAAAGGCCUCUUUCAGCAGCUAUGGUUACAUCAUCUAACUCACAAAAGCCUCUUUCUUCUCCUUCAAGGGAGCUGCCUCGUUCACCUUUAGUUCCUAACUCCUCUCCUCCGUUCUCACGUUCACCACGUCCUCCUCCAUCAAGAGCAAAUCUUGCUUCCUCUCAGCCCUCACCUACCAAGCCACCUUCAUGUGUAAGCAAGUCAUCUGCAACAUCCACUUCUUCAUCUCCACCCACACCACUGCCUCCACCUCAACCUCCACCUCCGUCUCCACCACCACUUCCUCCCUCCUCAGUUACACAUUUCCUACCUUCACAGGACACAUCCUCCAAUUCAUUCUCUGAUAGCACACCAAGGACAUUUGUUUCACGUGCACCACAUGCAUCUCCUUCAACCACAAACAAGAUUGCACCUCAUCCACCACCACCACCACCACCACCACCCCCUCCAGCCUUUGGUUCUCAUGCAAGUGGCCCAUACUCAUCAUUACUGCCAACACCUGCUCCUUCCUUUUGUCCACCACCACCACCACCACCUCCUCCUCCUUUUGCAUCAAGGGCUAUAGGUACCCCACCUCCACCUCCACCUCCACCUCCAUCAAGUGGCAGACAAGUUUCUGUCAUAAGACCGCCACCACCACCUCCUCCUCCACCUUCUCCUUUUGGAGUCCUUGCUUCCACUUCAAAUAUGAUAGGAGCCCUCCCUCCCCCUCCUCCUUUAACAAUUCAAGGGACUCUUGGUGCUCCUCCACCUCCACCUCCGCCGCCCCCUCCUCCUCCUCAUGGAGGUCGUGCAUCUACUCCAAAUGUGGCUGGAGCACCACCUCCCCCACCGCCCCCUCCUCCUCCUCACGGUGGUCGUGCAUUUACUCCAAAUGUGGCUGGAGCACCACCGCCCCCUCCUCCUCCUCACGGUGGUCGUGCAUUUACUCCAAAUGUGGCUGGAGCACCACCUCCCCCACCGCCCCCUCCCCCUCCUCAUGGAGGUUGUACAUCCGCUCCAAAUGUGAUGGCAACGCCCCUGCCUCCACCUCCACCUCCACCUCCACCUCCUCCUCUUGGAGGCCGCAUGUCUACUCCAAAUAUGAUGGGAGCCCCACCUCCUCCCCCUCCCCCUCCCCUUCCUGGAGGCCGUACAUCUACUCUAAAUCUUGUGGGUGCGCCACCUCCACCACCUUCCCGUGGAGGGAAAACUUCUCCCAAUUCAGUGGUAGCUCCACCACCACCUCCUCCACCUCCAAGGACAUCGCCUUCUCCACCACCUCCUCCUCCUCCUCCUGGUGGGCGUAGUGCUGUUCCUUCUCUUAAUGCUAAAGGAGCACCUCCACCUCCACCACCUCCUCUUGGAAAGAGCAGUUCUGUUCCUCCACCACCAAGGGCUGCAGGGGGUGUUCCGCCACCUCCUCCUAUGGGUUCCAAAGCAUUACAAUCAGGGAACAAGGUCUCUUCUGUUAACCAAGUCGCUGGAGGAAAAGCUUUUGGUUUGGCACGUGCACAAUCUCCUCAACAAGCACCUCGGCGUUCAUCACUAAGGCCAUUGCAUUGGGUUAAGGUGACUAGAGCCAUGCAAGGAAGCUUGUGGGCAGAGUGGCAGAAACAAGAUGAUGGUCUCAAUGCCCCCGAGUUUGACAUGUCAGAACUAGAGACUCUAUUUUCUACUGCAAUGGCAAAUUCAGCUGACAAGUCUGGAGGAAAAUCUGGAGGUCGCAAAUCACUUGCACUCAAGCCUGAGAAAGUUCACUUGAUUGAACAAAGGCGUGCAUAUAACUGUGAAAUCAUGCUUACAAAAGUCAAGAUGCCUUUUCCUGAUUUGAUGAGUGCAGCCCUUGCAUUAGAUGAUUCAAUCUUGGAUGUUGAGAUAGUAGAAAAUCUCAUCAAAUUCUGCCCUACAAAAGAAGAAAUGGAACUUCUUAGGGGCUACAAGGGUGACAAGGAAAACUUAGGAAGAUGUGAACAGUUCUUUUUGGAGUUAAUGAAAGUUCCUAGGGUUGAAUCCAAGCUCAGAGUAUUUUCUUUCAAGAUACAGUUCAUUUCCCAGGUCACUGAUCUAAGGAAAAACUUAAAUAUUGUCAAUUCUGCAAGUGAGGAGAUCAGAAGUUCCGUUAAAUUGAAGAGAAUCAUGAAAACAAUUCUUUUCUUGGGGAAUACUCUAAACCAGGGUACCGCAAGAGGAUCUGCAAUCGGUUUCCGGUUGGAUAGUCUUUUGAAACUGGCAGAUACUCGUGCUGUGAAUAACAAGAUGACCCUUAUGCACUAUCUGUGCAAGGUGCUUGCUAGUAAGUCGCCAGAACUAUUGAAUUUUCACAAGGAUCUUGUCAGCUUGGAGGAGGCGUCAAAGAUCCAAUUGAAGUUUCUAGCUGAGGAAAUGCAAGCCCUAACUAAAGGGCUGGAGAAAGUUCAACAAGAAUUGUCUGCAUCUGAAAAUGAUGGUCUUGUUUCAGAAGUUUUCCGUAAGACAUUGAAGGAGUUCAUUGUUUGUGCUGAGAUGGAGGUUCAAUCGUUAACUUCAUUUUACUCUGCUGUGGGGAUAAGUGCAGAUGCACUUGCUCUCUAUUUUGGUGAAGAUCCUGCUAGGUGUCCUUUUGAGCAAGUCAUCUCUACACUUUCGAAUUUUGUGAGGUUGUUUGUGGCGGCACAUCAGGAGAAUGUAAAGCAACUGGAGUUUGAGAGGAAAAAAGCUGAAAAAGAAGCACAAAAGGAGAAAAUGAAGCUCCAAGCCCCAGCAAGGGGCAAUGCGAAGUAGAUUCUCAUAAGACACUUUGGCACACAGGUUGUAGAUUUUCCUAUUGGAAAGGUAAAAGCUGAACCCCUUCAUCCCUACCUAGGGACUCACAAUGGGCACUGCAGAUAAACCAUGAGGCAGACGGCUGGAGUGGCAAGCGCAAAAUAUCUUUGGUGUCAUACAGGUCCAUCGCCCAUCGAUCUGAAUGAAAGUUGUCCAAAAGCCCAGCCCAGAAGUGACUCUUAGAUCAGUAUGUGGCAUCUAAGCUAUCUUGUUUUCCUAAUUGGCAAGUGGGCGACCUGAUCUCUCUCUCUCUCUCUCAGAGAGACUGUGCUUGGAAUGGUUCCCAGAGUAACUAGAAUUUGGAGGGCUGCAAGGUGUCUUAGUUGUGCACAGACCAUGUCGUGGCAGGCAUCAAUACGUGGGAGACGCCACCCGCUGGUGAUGUUCCGAUUCUGACCCUUCCUGACCCCAUUCAUGUAAAGAAAAAGCUAACCCCCACAUCUCAUUCUUUUGUAACAUAAUUUGUUCUCCCCCUUUUUACGUUGGGGAGUGCAUUUAUUUCUUGUAAAUGCGUGAGUGAUAUACAGAUGCUUGAUUUGUUGUAACUAAAAUGAAAUAAGAAGUGCUAAGGCCUUCUCUAUUUUUGUAAAAAUUGAUCUUUGAUAACCGCCGCUCCCCUCCAAAAAAGGAAAAAAACACUCUCAUGUUCUUGA